AUGGAACGGCAUGUCACAUGUCAGAGCCUUUAUGGACUGAUUCUCAUGUUGAAUUUUUUCUGUCUCCUAGAUACACUUUCACUAAAAAGAAAGAAGCUGGAUUUUUACAGAAGAAGAGAGAAUAAUGUAAGCCUGAUCAACAUUAUUUCUGAAUUCAGACGAUUCACAGCAUGCAUUGACUUGGUAUUAAUGGAGUAUCAGUCAAGUUAUUGGUUGGCCUUCUCCUAUGUUACUAAUAAUACUCACUUGGGCAAAGACAUAGAUCUUGGACAUGUGGGAGACCAUCAGAAGCUAAUAUUAUACAUCUUCAGCAAGACCUUUUAUAUCUAUUACCAGUUGACUCCAUUUCAAUGGCACACAAUAUGCUUGAUAUGGGAUGGUGUGAAGGGCAGAUUAAAGCUGCUUUUCACUUUGCGUCACAUCAGUGAACAGAUUCAGGGUGGAAACUUGUCCCUUAUUCUUGCAGAUAACUUUGAUGACUUGAUUAUAUUUGUUUCUGAAAAUAUGACAAUUCAAGAAACAACUACAAGUCUUUUUCAACAAGUAUAUUUGACAACUCUGUCCCAAAUUACUGGACUAGAAUCGCACUGCUCUACAGUGAAGUCUAAAGGCUUAUCUUUUGUUGCAAAUGAUUAUAUGGCAUCAUCCUAUUCCUUUAUAUCUUCACCUCUGGAAAGAACAACUGCACAAAAACUCAUUAAGACAUUAAUGAUUGAGGCAACUACAUUUGCAUCAGAAGUGUCAUCUACUUCAGCAACCAUUCCUCUACCUACCAAAAGCAUGUCUAUAGGCGCUACUAAUAAUAAUUCCAGGAAAGCAACUACAGUUCUUUCCUCAGAAAACACAACAUCCACAGCCGAUGCGGCUAACCCCGUGUCCAGAGUAGAACAGACUUUUUCUACAAUGGCUCGGCUGGGGGCUGCAUUUGCAAUCCCUCGUGAGUCUGCGCUCAUCUCCACAUUUACUCCUGUGGUUUCUGUAUUUCCUAGAAACCAAAAAGUGCCUACAUUGGCAACAACUGAUACACAAAUAGCAUUUACAGUUCAUUUGGUGACAUUCCCAACAAGGCCUAGUCAGACCAUAUCCUCUCUAAGAACAGCUAAGGCAAAAUCAACAUCCACAAAUGUACAGAGUAUCUCUUCAUCUGCAGCCAUGGAUCUCAUGUUUACCUCAGUGUCAGAAAACAUCUCUGGGGCCCUUUCUUCCGUGAUAUUCUCCACAUUCACCGGAACCCAGAGUCCACAGCCAGGUAUUAACUGUGAACCAACACACAGCACUUUCAGUCCUGGAAUUGCAUUUGCACCUACAGUUGGUGAACACAGGAUUACUUUGACUUCUUCCAUAACAGCUUCCAUACCCAAGGCAUCUGAGUCAGAUCUCACAUCUAGAACUGAAGAAAAUCCCUAUCUAGUCUCCACCAAUAUGACUACUUGGACUUCCAGACCAGAUCAGACAUCUAUGAAAAAAAUCACCUUGCUUACAUUUACGGCUAAUAAAAAUUUCACACCAAUAUCUCAUGGGAGUACUACUAAUUCAGAAUAUUUAUCUUCAGCUAUUAAUAUUAUCAACCUAUCAGAAACAUCCACAGAGAGUCAGGCUAUGACUACUACUGACGCUAGUGCAGGAAAAUAUACAACAGCUCUAUCCAAAUUGACAUCUCCACGAUCUUCUAAUUUCUCUGCAGCUCUCCAAACCCAAUGUGUAACUAAUAUGCUUAAGUUUAAACUUACUACCUUACUACUAAAAACCAAUGCUAUGCCUACAGUAGUUGCAAGUGAACUUUCUCCACAUAGGACUAUUAUUCCAGCAGUAGGUAUUGCAUCAACCCUUACUGUUCAACAAAGUUUUCCUACUAAAGAAAGCACUUUUGAGAUUACACAAACAGAAACAAAUGAUGCAAGUGUGUUUGCAGGUAUAACAGUGCUUAUGCUCAAAUCUACAACAACAAAAAGACUCAAUAUUACCAUGACCAAAAAAAAAAAAAACAACUUCCCCAUCUUAAGGGAAAAAACAACUAAGCGGGCAGUAACUGAGGUUUCUGCACUUUCAACAGUGCUGGAAACAACAGGUGAAUCAGCACAAAUGUUAACUUCAAUCGCUGUUUCCCCUUUUCCUGACACAGACAUGUCGACUAUCCCAUCAGACGAUGAAAGUUCAUCUACUAAAGUGGAAGGAAAUUGGCUGUCAACAAAAUGGGUGAGUAGUACAUGUGAGAAUUCAUCCAAGGUACCUAUAGAAAUCUUUCAUUCCAUCUACACCUAUUCAGCACAUUGGACUUCUGAAAAUCCCAGGAGGAAUUCUGGGAGCACACACAUAUUCCUAGAAGCCCUAAGUGCUUCUGCUACAAGAAUAUUUGGGAACAAUUUCACCACCACCUCCACAGACAUGCCAGCUACAUCCUUGCCUGCUUGUUAUCUACAGACUUCAAUUACUCAUUCCUCAGUACUUCUUACUCCUGUCCCUUCCAUGUCCUUACUGCCAGUUAAUCUCUCUGCUGUUACCUCGAUAGUGAUACCUGACAAGACAAAGGCAACCAUAUCUGAGCACUCUACACUGGUCAGGGAUUUUUCCACAUCUGCGCUCUCAGACAUCUUGAUUUUCUCAUCAGCUACAGUGACCAUGGCAUUGGUAGCACCAUUGGCUCAGACUGUUUCCAUACCCAAUGAGACUUUGGCUACCCAUUAUGACUCAAUUCAUAUCACUUCAAAGGCCACAGUGACCUCAGCCAGGAUGACACUCACCGUACUGUUUGUUCUCACAAAAACUCACUCACUGAGAACCCACAUUCCUGUUACAAGUAAGGCUAUCAGCCUUCUCCCCUCAGUUGCCACAGUAACUCCAUCCACACAAUUUAGUGUCUGCUCAAAACUUCAUCCUGACAGCAUUCCUACUAUAUCCUCUACUCCUAUAACAUCAACUAAGUGUUAACUGGUAGUGAUUCAAUUCAUAUCUCUGGCAAAGGAAAUUUCCACCCAUGCUCUAAGCUUCUUGUAUACUUCUAGUACCAGUGGAGAUCUGGUUACUUUGACUAUUGGCACAAAAGAGAAUUUUGCUACUGAUAAGACCAGGCCUCUGAACACCUCUUCCCACAAGCUUACUACUUCUGUAAACAUCCACAUUUCCCAAUCUUCCACACAAGACUCCAUCCUACUGGGGACAUCCUCUUUUUCCUUAUCUUCUAAUCAAAACCACAUGAUCACCUCCCUAGGAAAAACCCCAUCAAGAAAUUCUUUCGUUUUUGACUUCCAGGUUGUUUCAAACUUGGACAUGAUGAAUGCAAGAUUUUCUCGGACUCCCCAAACUUCCAGCCAUAAAACAAAUUCAUCUGCAGAAAUUCCACUUGGAACUCCACCUGUUGGGAACCCAGCUUCAUCUCGUACUUCUGGGAGGCUAGCUUUCCCUCCACAAGAUCUUUCAAUCAGUGCUUUACUGUAUCCUGACAAAGAAAGCACAACUGCCCUUUCAAUACAUACACCCAGGACUAUGGAAGUUGUAGUAAGCUCCACCCUUGAGGCUCUGCCUAUCUUAUACUGCCAGGAUACUUCAUUUGUAGACACCACAGCUUCCAGGACAAUUAGAAUAUCAAAAUCUAUGAACAUCAACACAGCUCUUUCAGACUUCCUUUCACUUAGGACUCAGCCUGGAGUGAUCUCAGUUGCUUCUUCCAUUUCUGAAAGCACACGUACUUUUCCCAAACCCUUUCCUCAUUCCACAAUUGGACUUUCUAAUAGCAACUUCAUAGGCAUCACUACUGAUGGAGUCACUGCAGCCCUUUAUAUUCCAAGUGCAUCUAUAGCAGCUGUUGGUGAGGCAUCUAAGAAAACAUACAUUCCUAUGUAUCAAAUGUCCUCAUUGCCAGUUAAUGUCACUGCCCUGAUCUCUAAACAAGUUACUGAUACUACUGUUAUACCAAUGACUAAGUCUUCUAAAAUAACACAUCUGGGUUGUUUGAAAUGUCCCACUACAGACACUUCUGCUGGGCCCAUGUUUGAAAAGAACUUGAAGUCAGUUAGUGGCUCUACAGCAAUUUCUCCUAAUAAUUCUUCAACAGGCAAGUCGUUCUCUACUUUAUUGCCUUCAGUUAUCCCUAGUACUACAAUGACAACAAAAAUAUCUGCAUUGGAUUUCACAUCUGUAGCAUAUGUUAGGUCUACUUCAAAAGGUACAAUGGCUUCCUCUGUUUGCACUGCUUCAGAAACGGCAGAGGUACCUUUCAGGAUAAUGCCUACAUCACCUUCUUCAACAGAGUCAAUUUUUAACUCUGUAGAAACCAUUCCAGUGUCUACUGUGGAUGGGAUAGUGACUGCGCUUUUCAACAUCACUGCAUCUUCUGUACUGAGUUCUGAGAAUACUGAUGAUAUUUCCUCAAUUCCAAAGACCAGCUUUUCAACAUUCAAAUCUACAGUCCAACACUCAUCACCAACAAAUGAGACUACAACUGAAGAUAUAUUACCAGAGAUUGUUAACAGUCCCCUAUCCACUAUGUGCGAUGGUAGAAUGACAGCUAACACAAGUACUUACUCCACAAUGGCUGUCCCUGAAAAUGUACUUUCACCUACUGCUUCAGAUAAUCUCCACACUUCCUUGAAUACUCAGGUUUGCCCAUCUUCCCCAUAUUUAAUCAGCUUUAACAGAACUCCAGGAUCCAUAAAAUGUAUGAAAGCUAUCAUCUCUACUACAGAAAAGUUGACUUUGAUAGAAAACACUUUCAAAGCCGAACUACCGAAAAUUGCUACAUCUAUGAAUACCCCUAUUGCAUCCCAUUCAUUCUCUUGGGCAUCAUCAUUGUAUUCACCUCAUACCACUGAAACAGAGAACUCUACUACAAAGACUUCUUUUCUUCCAACAUUCCAAAUGGUUGAAUUCCCUUUUCUGGUGACAAGAAUUACAUCUUGUAAAACCCGGUCUCUGCCUAUGACUUUAUGGAAUAUACCCACAAAUAAAGAUUCGCAGCUUCCAGUUUCUACUACAACUCAUGCACCCACAUCCAGCAAAGUAGAAACAGAGACUCUAUACCUUGUCACUUGUUCUUUAUCAACAUUCACAGACCCUCAAAUGGGCCCAAUAUCUGUAGAUGUUGAGGAAACACCAUCAAUUAUUACACCAGGAAUUUUUCCUCCUUUUGGGUUUUCUGAUGACCCCUCUUUAGCAACAUCUUCAAGAACUAACUCUACCACAUUGGCUGAUUUUAAGAACAUAUUUGAGAAAAUAACCACAUCUGGAACUGCUGGGACUGCACCAAAUUCUUCUGGUACCAUUUCAAGAUCUAUAAACUCAAAGGCUACCACUUCCUCUGUGCUGACUUCGAUUUUGUUUAGUUUUUCUUCAGCUUCCUCUCUGACAAUUGUAUUUAAUGCUCUUCAUGUUAUAAGUUCCAAGAUAAUAGAGGGGUUAAAAUCCACAUUUAGGACUUCUGAAAUGAUACCAACAUACUCAUUCAAUAACUUUACAACACUACCUUUUGUUAGAGCUAGCAAAAUGACUCCUAUACCUACAAUGGAUGGUAUCGCUACUGGCGUCCCAGUUUCUCUCCCUAUGCUUAUGAAAGUCACAAAUGACAGUGUUUUCAUUUCCAUAUCCCCUGAAGUAUCCUCCAGAACCACUGAGACUGCCAAUUCCAGGACUUUGUCUCAAUUUCCAUUCAUUAGUGGAAAGAGUAUAUCACUGUCUGUAAUUGACUACACCCUUUCUAUUGGUUCCACACAUUUGCCUAGCCCCACAAUAACAUCUGUGAGGAGCAGAAUUCCAGCUAUAUCAGCAUCUCUGAUUUUAAUUCUUCCCAAGUUCACACUGGAUUCUCCUAUAAAUAUAGCCACUAUCAUAUCCACUGCUAUUGGACCCACAUUUCCACUCAUAUUCACUGGAGUGACACAUAAUUCCAUACCAACGGUGUCUUCAAUAGUCUCUCCUUUUGGGACAACUUGGAUGGACUCCAUGCCUUCUUCUCCAUCUACAGAAGCAUUGAUUUCACCUCUUGGCAACACAGUUUCCUUCUACAACAUUGGAAUGAGAUUCUUUGUCUUUGAUGAAAAGCCAAGGAUCUUUAUUACCACUUUUAUUCAUGAAAUUGCAGAAGACUGGCUGAAUUCUGUAUUUCAAGACACUGAAAUUUCUCUUGCUAAUUUGGCUAUCCAAAUAAAAGGCAGAAACACUUCUGAAGAAGAAAUGGCCAUAUACAAAGCUAUUUGACCAUGUAUUUUUCUUUUGCAUUAUUUGGAACAGAGAGAAGGACAAGGAAUGGCUACAGUUUCCCAUGUACCAUACAGCUGUGUUUGUCAUGCCAUGGUAAAGGCCAACUCUUCUCCAACACCCAGGGAAUUGAUUGGCAGGAUCAGAGGUAAAAUACAUGGCAAUCUCACUUGUGGGAACUUCACGCAAGAUGAACUGACAUGCUUAAUGAAUUCGGAAGACGUUGCAGUGAAACAGCUAGAGUUGGCAAAGUGCAAAGCUGAGGAAACAGCCUCGAGAUACAAAGGGACAUGUAAGUGGCUAUUAACCAACCCUACUGAGACAGCCCACAGUAAAUGCAUCAAAAAUGAGGAUGAGCGUGCCACUAGAAGCUGCUCAUUUGGCAUCAGCACAGGCAAAUCUCAGUGGGAUAAACUGAAGUUUAAACAAUGCAAGUUGAUUCAAGGACUUCCUGAUAAAAUUUUGGAUCUUGCUAAUAUCACCGUAACAGAUGAGAAUGCAAAUGAUGUUGCAGAGCACAUUUUAAAUUUGAUAAAUGAAUCUCCACCUCUGGAUGAAGAAGAGACAAAGGUUCUUAUUUCUAAAGUAUCUGAUAUUUCACUACGUGAUGAAAUCAGUAUCAGCCUAACCCAGAUUAUGUUACAAAUCAUCAAUGCUGUUAUGGAGAAGCAAAAUGAUUCGGCCUUUGAUCUGCAUGAAGUAAGCAAUGAGAUUCUGAGACUAAUCGAGCGUGUUGGUCACAAGAUGGAGUUUCAGGGGAGGUCUGAGAAUCUGACCAUGGCCAGUCUGGCUUUGGCUGUGGUGAAGGUGGACCACAAGUUUGAAGGUCUGACCUUCAGCAUUCGUUCCCACACAAAUGGCACAGACCUGGAGAUUUCCAUAGCUGAUAUCCAUCUGGGGAGAAUUUUGGCUUCUAUAUAUUUGCCUAAGUCACUGAAGAAAAGAUUUCCUCCCAAUAACUUACAGACCAUCUUGUUCAAUUUCUUCGGACAAACUUCCCUCUUCAAGACCCAGAAUGUCUCAAAAGCAUUAACCACAUAUGUUGUGAGUGCCAGCAUUUCAGAUCUGUCCAUUCAAAACUUGGCUGACCCUGUGGUUGUCACUCUGCAGCAUAUUGAAGGAAAUCAGAAUUAUGAUCAAGUUCACUGUGUUUUUUGGGAUUUUGAGAAAAACAAUGGCCUAGGUGGAUGGAAUUCAUCAGGCUGUAAAGUAAAGGAAACAAACAUAAAUUACACAAUCUGUCAGUGUGACCACCUCACUCACUUUGGAGUUUUAGUGGAUUUAUCGAGGUCUACGGUGGAUACAGUGAAUGAACGGAUAUUGGUGCUCAUAACACACACUGGAUGUGGAAUCUCCUCCAUUUUUCUGGGAAUUGCAAUGAUGACAUACACAGUUUUUCACAAACUUCGGAAAGAUUUCCCUUCCAAAAUCCUUAUCAACCUGUGCACAGCACUACUGAUGCUAAACCUGGCAUUUCUGGCCAAUUCCUGGUUGUCAUCAUUUCAGAAAGUGGGGAUCUGUAUCACAGCUGCGGUGGCACUUCAUUAUUUCCUGCUUGCUUCUUUGUCUUGGAUGGGCCUGGAGGCAGUUCACAUGUAUUUUGCUCUAGUCAAAGUCUUCAACAUAUACAUUCGUAAUUAUAUCCUUAAAUUUUGCCUAGUUGGUUGGGGAACUCCAGCCAUCAUAGUGGCAAUCACACUCAGUGUGAGAAAAAACCCAUACGGAACUCUGAGCCCAGCGACUCCUUUUUGUUGGAUUAAAGAUGAUUCCAUCUUUUAUGUCUCCGUGGUGGGUUAUUUUUGCCUUAUAUUUCUCGCGAAUUUCUUCAUGUUCUGCACUGUUCUGGCUCAGCUGAAUUCUAUGAAACUCCAGAGUCGGAAGACUCGGCGGAAGAUGACCCUGCGUGACUUCAAAGGCACAACAAGCCUGACGUUCUUACUUGGCCUCACUUGGGGCUUUGCCUUUUUUGCCUGGGGACCUGUGAGGAUCUUUUUCUUGUACCUUUUUGCCACUUUUAACACGUUUCAAGGUUUCCUCAUUUUUAUAUUUUACUGUAUAAUGAAAGAGAGUGUACGAGAGCAGUGGCAGAUGCACCUCUGCAAUGGGAGAUGGCGACUGGAUAACUUUUUUGAUGGCAGCAACAGGCUUGGGAUAAAUAUUAAGUAUAAGCAGAAGAGAGUGAAGAAAAUCUUGAAGCAGAGAUUAAUGACACCAUCCGCCAACUCAACUGCAAGUAGUUCUACUUUCAAAUCUUUGGACUCUGCACAAGGCACUCUUUCAGAAAUAUGUUUCCCAAAUGGUGACUUUGGUGAAGAUCACUAUGGAUGUGAAGCUGCGCCUAGUUGUGUGAAAAGAAUAUUACCUGAGGACCUCGAUGUGAAUUCUAGUCACAAAGAAAGAUGUUUUUCAAUAAAUCCUGGAAUGGAUAUCUGCUUCCCCCAACCAUAA